AAGGACACCAGCCAGCCAAGGAGGAGGAACCAGCCAGCGCCAAGGACAGGACAGGCCGACCAGACUGGCUCCUCCGGCCGCAGCGGCGGACGCAGACUCCCGGUCCGGCAGCUCGCGUGUCAUCCUUGGUGUGUCGGCUGAGGCGAUUCACUGCUGCAGGACCUGACAUUUUUUAAUUUCUACCAGACAAGCUUGGCCAAUGUUCCUCUGAGAAAAUAAAAGGAGCUGAUAUGACCUCCAUCAUGUCAAGCCCUCAGACAGACAACGGCUGUGCAAACUCAGCAGAAGCCAAGAAAACAGACCUGAGAAUGUAUGAGAAGAAAUGCUCUUGGGCUUCCUACAUGACUAACUCUCCGACAGUGAUCGUGAUGAUCGGCCUGCCUGCGAGAGGGAAGACCUACAUGUCCAAGAAGCUCACACGUUACCUCAACUGGAUCGGAGUCCCAACCAAAGUGUUCAACCUGGGCGUGUACCGCAGAGAGGCUGUCAGAGCUUAUAAGUCCUACGAUUUCUUCCGCCACGACAACGAGGAGGCCAUGAAAAUACGGAAACAGUGUGCUCUUGUAGCUCUGCACGAUGUGAAGGCCUAUUUGACAAAGGAGGGAGGUCAGAUUGCGGUGUUUGAUGCGACAAACACAACAAGAGAGCGCCGUGACCUCAUUUUAGGAUUUGUGAAGGAGAAUGCGUUCAAGGUGUUCUUUGUGGAGUCGGUGUGUGACGACCCCGAGGUCAUCGCUGCUAAUAUUCUGGAAGUGAAAGUGUCCAGCCCUGACUACCCCGAGAGACACAGAGAGAGGGUGAUGGACGACUUCCUCAAACGAAUCGAGUGCUACAAGGUUACCUACCAACCUUUAGAUCCUGAUGAUUACGAUAAGGAUCUGUCUUUUAUCAAGGUGAUGAACGUGGGCCGGCGCUUUCUGGUGAACCGCGUGCAGGACUACAUCCAGAGUAAGAUCGUCUACUACCUCAUGAACAUCCACGUGCACUCGCACUCCAUCUACCUGUGUCGCCACGGAGAGAGCAACCACAACAUCGAAGGCCGCAUCGGAGGAGACUCUGAGCUUUCUGCACGAGGGAAACAGUUUUCUCAUGCCCUGAGAGAUUUCAUUGAGCAGCACAAACUCUCAGAUUUAAAGGUGUGGACGAGCCAGCUGAGAAGAACCAUCCAGACAGCGGAGGAGCUCGGUGUCCCUUAUGAACAGUGGAAGAUACUCAACGAGAUCGAUGCUGGUGUGUGUGAGGAGAUGACUUACGAGAUGAUCCAGGAGACGUUCCCGGAGGAGUUUGCGUUAAGGGACCAGGACAAAUACCACUAUCGCUAUCCAGGAGGAGAGUCUUAUCAGGAUCUUGUUCAACGUCUGGAGCCUGUUAUCAUGGAGUUAGAGAGACAGGGAAAUGUGCUGGUCAUCUGUCACCAAGCUGUGAUGCGCUGCCUCCUAGCUUACUUUCUGGACAAGAGUGCAGAUGAUCUGCCAUACAUGAAAUGCCCGCUCCACACAGUGCUCAAGCUAACCCCUGUUGCUUAUGGUUGUAAAGUGGAAAUGUUUUACCUCAAUGUGGAGGCAGUAAACACACAUCGAGACCGGCCUCUUGGUAAUAUCCCGAUGGAAUCUGCUCUCAUACACCGGCGGAAUAGUUACACGCCCUUGUCCAGUCACGACCAGGUCAAGCGGCCCAGGCUCUACAGCGCGGGCAACCAGCCCUGGCUCCCGCUCGCCCCCACCCCAUCAGCUCUGAUGCCAGAGGAACGGCAAAGCCAACCUUGGAUAGGAAGCAUUUGUCUGAGUCCCUGUGCGAAGGAAUCGACUUUGACAGCCCCGAAGAAUCUAGUGGCUGUGUCCGCUUCUGAGUGAAGAAGAAAGAGUCUUCACUUCCAGGCACAUGUGGCCAACAAGUUAUGAGUACAGACUUGAAUCAAAGGAUGGAAACUCUUGGAAGAUAGUCUGGAUGGAGUCGAAGAAAAUAUCUUCUAAGAUUGAGGUCAUUUUCUGGUCGUAUCUAUCAUAACCUCUCUGUCUAACUGUACUCUGCAUGCUGCAGCUUUGAACUGGAAUCUCUAUCAAUGGUAUCAUAAACUCUACUGCAUGUGCGCCAAAAUCAAUCAGUCAAUCACAACAUCAUACUGUGUGUAAACUGGCAACUAAUCCUUAUCUUCAACAGCACGAAUGCCUUACAGAACAUGAAUUACUGUCAUAGAAUUAGCUCCUCUGAAUGUACCAAAUGAUGCGUUACACUGGUGGAGAACAACAGUCACUAAUGCAAAAGAAUAUGUUAUAAAGGAGAAGGUGUAAAAAUAUUUUUCUAAUCUGAGUAUGCUCAUCUACGAUAUGUAGUUGUGAUUCUUAUCAAUAAGGAUUUUGUUUUGAUUAGAGAGAAUAUACUGUCUGGUUCUGAGGGAAUGAUAAAGACUUUUUAAUUUGUUUUUUUUUUUGGGAUGCAUUUUAUAUUUUUUGUUUUAUUAGGAAGAUAUACCACUUUGUUGGACUUACUCUAUACCAGACAUAGAUACAGUAUUUACUUUUCUGUCACAUUGUAGAUAUGAUUUUUAAAACUGGUGUAAAUCCUUCAUGUUAAUUCAUUGUUUUUCUCGCCUGUGUAUCAUCACAAGGGGUUGUUGUGCAACAAAAAACAUUACAUGUGAAUUAGCCAUUUCUUGACCUUUGUGUUUGUUAUCAUACAGCCAACCAUAAACUAUUUUCUUGCAAA